AUGAAAAUCACACACCCUGUUCGGCGAGUAGCUGUGAUUGGCGCAGGGCCCUCUGGUCUUGCUGCAGUCAAAUAUCUUUUCGCCGAAAACCAUUUUGAUCGAAUUGAUGUCUUUGAGCAAAGAAGCUCUGUGGGAGGAGUUUGGAACUACAGUCCAAGUACAUCGAAAAACGGGCUGUCAACAGCUGUCCCGCAUCUAAACCCCCAUGAGCCAGUGGAGAAGCCGAUAUGGCGGACUAUAGACCAGAAUGAAGUCAAACGGGAGGCAACCUUCAUUUCUCCGCUAUAUGAUCGUUUGGAAACCAAUAUCCCGAAAGAGCUGAUGCGUUAUUCGGAUCAAGCAUGGCCAGCAGAUGCACAACUCUUCCCUAAGCAUGCAACGGUGAAACAAUACCUCGAAGACUAUGCUGAAGACAUCAAGAGUCACAUUCAGUUUGAGACUCAAGUUCUGGACGUGAAGCUCCAGGAUGCAGCUCUAAGUACCUGGAAUAUUACAACCCGGGACCUUCAAACCGGAAUGGACACAAUUGGCACUUAUGAUGCUGUGGUAGUUGCAAGUGGUCACUUCAACGUCCCUUAUGUUCCAGACAUUACAGGAAUAAAAGACUGGGAUGCAUUUUAUCCUGGGGCGAUAUCUCAUUCCAAAUUUUACGACUCCCCAGAACAGUUUGAAGGGAAGAAAGUGGUCGUGGUGGGAAGUUCUGCUUCCGGCCUUGACAUUGGCGCCCAGAUCAACGAAUAUAGCAAAGGCAGUUUGAUAGUCUCUCAACGAUCAGAAUCUUUGAUGGCUGCACCCUCAACAGACGGUAAAAUCAUAUGCCCGGAGAUCGUUGAGUUCCUUCCUCCAGUAACUUAUGACAGAGGUAUACGGUUUGCAGAUGGCCGUAUUGAGGAACAUGUGGCUGCCGUCGUUUUUUGUACUGGAUAUUUCUAUUCAUAUCCUUUCUUGUCGUCACUCAGCCCACCGGCCGUGACACACGGAUGGAGAACGAUGAACGUCUACCAGCAAUUGUUCUACAUAGAACACCCCACGCUCGUGUUUCCUGUGCUCUCGCAGCGGGUAAUCCCAUUCGCUAUGGCAGAGAAUCAUGCUGCUGUCUUCUCUCGUGUUUGGUCGGCUCGACUCACACUUCCAUCAAAGGACGAGAUGAAAGCAUGGGAAAUUGCCGAAAUUGAGGCCAAAGGAGAUGGAAAACAAUUUCACUUGCUUCCAUAUCCCAUGGAUGCAGAUUAUCUCAAUUUUCUAUAUCACUGGGCAGCAAGGGCCACACCGAGACCUGGAUUGUCUAAAAACGGGCAAGGUAAACUUGGUACUUGGUGGGGUGAGCGGGAAAGGUGGAUGCGAGCCCUUUUCCCGGAUAUUCGGCGCGCGUUUGUACAGCGAGGCAAUGAACGGAGCGAAAUCAAGACUUUAGCAGAACUUGGGUUUGUUUUUGAAGAGUGGAAAGAACAAGAGAAACUUUGA